CCACAUUUAUACUCUCCUCUCUCUUUUCAUCGCGGUCUCAUGUCCACUUUCUCUCUCCUCGUCUCCAUCUCCACCCGUGGAUGUUCGGCGACUGCGGCCUCCGGAUCCCCUGGCUCCGUCGCCGGCGCCGGAGGAGGCGGAGCGGCGGCGGAGGUGGGGCGGGGGUGGAGCCGGUGUUGCUGGUGUCGGGAAUGGGGGGAUCGAUCCUGAACGCGCGGAGCAAGAGGAGCAAGCGCGAGCUCCGGGCGUGGGUUAGGGUUUUCCUCGCCAAUCUCGAGUUCAAGAAGUACCUCUGGUCCAUGUACAACGCCGACACCGGGUAUACGGAGCCUCUUGAUUCCGAUGUUGAGAUCUGCGUACCGGAGGAUGAGUAUGGGUUGCAGGCGAUCGAUAUUUUGGAUCCUUCAUGGUGGGUAAAACUUCUGCGUGUGACUGAUGUUUAUCACUUCCACGAUAUGAUUGAUAUGCUGGUUGAAUGUGGAUAUGAAAAAGGAACAACAUUAUUUGGAUAUGGUUAUGACUUUCGUCAGAGCAGUAGAAUAGAGAAAACGAUGAUGGGACUGAAAGAAAAACUUGAGACCGCAUAUAAGGCUUCGGGAGGGCAAAAAGUUAAUGUAAUCUCACAUUCCAUGGGUGGUUUGCUUGUCCGAUGCUUCAUGUCACUUCAUAAUGAUGUGUUUGCAAUGUAUGUAAACAAGUGGAUUUGCAUUGCGUGCCCUUUCCAAGGUGCCCCAGGAUGUAUCAAUGAUUCUCUUUUAACGGGGUUGCAGUUUGUUUAUGGUUUUGAAAGCUUCUUCUUCGUUUCCAGAUGGAAUAUGCACCAACUGCUGGUCGAAUGUCCAUCUAUAUAUGAAAUGCUGCCAUAUUCAAACUUCAAGUGGAAUCAACAACCGCUGGUUCAAGUUUGGCGGAAGCUGUCUGGAGAGAAUGAAGAAGUCAAGUUGCAAGAAUAUGAUGCAACUAAUUGUGUUUCUUUGUUUGAAGAAGCUUUAAGAGAUAACAAGCUGGAUUACAAUGGAAAGUCAAUCCCUCUUCCGUUCAAUUAUUCAAUUUUCAAAUGGGCAACUGAUACUCGCCAAAUUCUUGACAAUGCUCAAUUACCAAGUGCUGUCAGCUUCUACAAUAUAUAUGGAAUUUCAUUGGAUACUCCAUAUAAUGUCUGUUACGGCUCUGAAAGCUCUCCUAUUGGGGAUUUAUCAGAAAUAUGCCACACAAUGAUGGUGCAUUUUCAGCCUCAGUAUGAAUAUGUGGACGGAGAUGGCACUGUUCCUACUGAAUCAGCUAAGGCUGAUGGAUUCGCAGCAACUGCAAGAGUUGGUAUUAAAGCCAGCCACCGAGGGCUACUGAACGAUGAGAGAGUGUUUCAACUUCUGAAGCAAUGGUUGGGUGCGGGCGAGAAGUCGCGGCAACAACCAAUGUCGACUUCGAAAGUGAUGGACUUCUCUCAGGAGUCGAUUCCUUUUCAAAUGGCUCCAUAGAAUGUUAUAUGCAAGACCAUUUUACAUAACUUUUUUUGUUCUUUCUUACUUUCUCCUCUACACAAUGGGAUAAAGAGGGGUUGUGUGUUAGUUUCUUUUCACUCAAAAAGUUCAUCAAACCACAUUCUCUAGUUUGGGAAGGAAACAUACAAUCAAAAGAAAAUUGUUUCAUUUGAAAGAGAAUUUGACUUCACAGAUUACAAAUUAAAAUUCGAAA